CCCCGCCCCCUAACCCUGAAGUGUUGGACCUGGGGUUCGGGCAGCUGGGUUCUCCUGGUUCCGCCCAGCUGGUGCGGGGUCUAGUUCAGCGCCUGCGGAACGCGCUGUGGCAGGAUUUGAAGGGGGGGGCGGGGAGGGGCCUGCGGCUUGCGGCCCCGCCCCCUUCUCCGGCUCGCGGGCGGGCGAAUCGGCCCGCCUCCGGCUUCAGCCGGCCCUGGGGCCGUGUACCCCAGGCAACUCAGCCACCUCGGCCUGAGCGUCUGCCUGCAGGCGUCGGCGCCGAGGCAUCGGGGUACAGCCUGGUUCGGCCCCAUGGUGGGUUUCGGGGCGAACAGGCGGGCCGGCCGCCUGCCUUCCUUCGUGUUGGUGGUCCUGCUGGUGGUGAUCGCGGUCCUCGCCUUCAACUACUGGAGAAUCUCCUCCCGCCACGUCCUGCUUCAGGAGGAGGUGGCCGAGCUGCAGGGCCAGGUCCAGCGCACCGAGGUGGCUCGCGGGCGCCUGGAGAAGCGCAAUUCGGACCUGCUGCUCUUGGUGGACUCGCACAAGAAACAGAUUGACCAGAAAGAGGCCGAUUACGGCCGGCUCAGCAGCCGGCUGCAGGCCAGGGAGGGCCUCGGGAAAAGAUGCGAGGAUGACAAGGUUAAACUGCAGAACAACAUAUCAUAUCAGAUGGCAGACAUACAUCAUUUAAAGGAGCAACUCGCUGAGCUUCGUCAGGAGUUUCUUCGACAAGAAGACCAGCUCCAGGACUAUAGGAAGAACAGUACUUACCUCGUGAAGAGGUUAGAAUAUGAGAGUUUUCAGUGUGGACAACAGAUCAAGGAAUUAAGAGCACAGCAUGAAGAAAACAUUAAAAAGUUAGCAGACCAGUUUUUGCAGGAACAAAAGCAAGAGGCCCACAAGUUUGAAUCAAAAGAUGGAAAUGAAUUGGAUAUAAACCAUCAUGUGGUACCUAAAAACAUUCCAAAAGUUGCUGAGAAUGCUGCAGGCAAGCAUGAAGAACCCUCAAGCAAUCAUAUUCCACAUGGGAAAGAACAAAUCAAACGAGGUGGUGAUGCAGGAAUGCCUGGAAUAGAAGAGAAUGACCUUGCAAAAGCUGAAGAUCUUCCCAUUGCUUUAAAGAAACCGCCUGUUUCCUUUUCUCAAUAUGAAAGUCAUCAAGUAAUCUCCCAUCUUCCAACUGGACAACCUCUCUCCCCAAAUAUGGUUCCAGAUUCUCAUGUAAACCACAAUGGAAACCCCAGAACUUCAAAACAGAAGCCUUCCAAUCCUCUUCAACAUUUAAUUCCAGGCCCUAACUUGGAGAGUGAACCCAGAAUUCAAGCAGAUAUUCUAAAGCAGGCUACUAAGGAUCGAGCCGGUGAUCUCCAUAAAUUGAAGCAAAGCCGAUUCUUUGAUGAGAAUGAAUCCCCUGUUGAUCCGCAGCAUGGCUCUAAACUGGCGGAUUAUAAUGGGGAUGAUGGUAACGUAGGUGAGUAUGAGGCAGACAAGCAGGCUGAGCUGGCUUACAAUGAGGAAGAAGAUGGUGAUGGUGGAGAGGAAGACGUCCAAGAUGAUGAAGAACAAGAACUGCAAAUGGAUCCUGCAGACUAUGGAAAGCAACAUUUCAAUGAUGCCCUUUAAGCCGUAAAGGAAAACUUCAGAAAACCUAAAGUGCUGUAAAAUGGAAUCAUUUCUACUUUGUCGAUUUUGACUUUUGUUGUAAAGAUCAGUUGUAUCAGUUGUAAAGAUACAUUGAGAUAGAUUUAAGGAAAAUUUUAAAUGAAGGAAUGUACCCAUGUACAUAUGUGAACUUUUCAUAUUGUAUUAUUAAAGCAGAGACUUUGGGGUUAUGUUACAGUUGAGCCAAAAACAAAGUAAGCAAAACUGUAAUCUUUGCAUUUAAAGCAAACUAAUGUAUAUUUUACAUUUUAUUGAGCCUAAUUCUUUCCACAAAUAGACAAACAGGAAAAAUGAUUGUACAGUUUAUAUGUUGCACAUAGCAUAACCACAAAGAGAACAAUUAUUCAACUGGAAAACUUUUAAUACACUAAUACAUGCUUGUUAGCCCAACAGGUGUUCUGUUCUAUCCACCCCUCAUCUCAUGCUGUUCAAGGAAUCAUACCUAGAAUAGUUGCAUGAAAGAGGGGAACCUGAAAGCCAAACACUGGGCAGCAAUGUACAAAAUCACUUCCCUACUCUUUUUAUUUUACAUGAGUAAUGAUGUGUUUCGGCAGAUAAGCUUUCAGCUGAGGCCUGAUGGAAUCUGAGAUAACCUGCAAAGACAUAACAAUAUUUAUGAGUUUUACCUUACUUAGUUCAUGAAAUUGUGAAAUGCAUGAUCGAUGAUGUACUUUCAAUUUUUAUUUUUUCAGGUAAUACCAGUACGGUUUAACCGUUACUGGCUAAAAUUUUUAUAUUUUCAGAGUUAAAGUUGGUGAAGAUAUUAAUGAUUUAAAUGCCAGAUUCUGAAAGAGGCUAAAUCAACCUUGAAAUGAAUUUGCAAUCAGUAUUUCAAAGCGUCUCUGGUAGUUUUAGUGAUCUUAUUUGACUAGACUUUUCCAGAAGUAUUAAAUAAGCAAUUUUAACAGAUUUUUAUUAAUGCACAGAUAAGUAGAAGUACAGUGAGAUCUACAGCCAUUUUAUUAAAAUAGCUUAAAAGUUUGUAAUAAAGAUGAAGAACCUUUGUAUUUACUUAAUAUGUUAGUUAAGAACCCAUAAACCUCAUAUUUGCUAGACUUACAAAAUUAUUUUAAAUGCAUUUGUCUUUUUUGACACUUCAGUAGAACGUGUAAGCUAGCUAAUCCUUAUUUUCUGAUUGAAAGAACUUCUAAAUCUUAUCCCCCUCCCCCCAAAUAAAAGGUUUUGAUCAUGAGAAAUUUAAGCUUGUUAACUCUGUGUUUCAGAAGGGCUACUGUUAAUUGCACAUGAACAUAAGAUGCUUCCCCCCCACCCCGUACUCAGGUUCUAGUCAAAAUUCAAACUUACAGAGAUUAAAAAAAACAAAACAAAAAAAAGGUUGUUCAAUUAUUGGAGGUGCAGAAAUUCUUAGACUUCAGUUUUAAAUUAUUUAGCAACCCAGAAAAGAUGUAGUGACUUACUAAAAUUGUUUUUUCUACCAUAUCAAAGUUAGUAAUUCAUGGCUUUGCUGUAGAGUUAGGCCUAUAAUGAAUAGGUAUGAUAGUUCACAGGAUUUUUUUAAGUGGAGUUAAAGGGAAUUGAUUUACACCUUUUGGAAGUUAGGGUGGGAAGAUGAAUCUAAAACAAAUUCCUAGUAAUACUUUAUAUUUAAUACUGUAAAAUCUUUACAAAUGAAAACCAUGAAAUUUCCUGCCUUAGUUCCUUUGUCAUAAAAACAAUCACUUGGUUAUAUGGUAGCUAUUACUUACACAGCAAAAUUUCUUCAAUUAUCAGUCUAGACAUUUUAUAAACUGAGAAAUCUUGGAUCAAUUGAUAAUAUUUUUGACUGUAUUAACAUUUUAGUGCUAUAAAAUACUAUGUGAAUCUCUUAAAAUUCUGACAUUCUACAGUCUGUAUUAGACAUGCUGGUUUUAUAACGUUUUACUUCUGCCUUAAGAUUUACGUUUUUUAAAUGUAUUUUUGCCCUGAAUUAAGUGUUAAUUUGAUGGAAACUCUGCUUUUAAAACCAUCACUUACUGGGUUCUAAUAAAUUAAAAAUUAAA